UGUCAUUGUUGUCAAUGGUCGUCGAUGGAAAAACGUAUUUUCCAAUCAAUGAAUUCUGAAAUUUGAUAUUUCUGUGUUUUUUGUUGUAAAUUUAUCAUAAUCUUUAUUUUUAUAAAUCACCAUGGAUUCUAAUUUAACUGGCAUGUGGGUGAGCUUCUUCACGACGGCUGGCAUUCCGUCGGACGUCGCAGCGACAUACGCGCUGACCUUCACAGAGAACAGGAUACAGAGUGACAUGCUGCUGGACCUCAACAAGGAGUAUCUAAGGGACAUGGGCAUAUCAAGGAUGGGAGAUGUAAUUGCUAUUUUGAGACAUGCCAAGCAAGUACAUGAAAAUACAGCACGAGACCGGGUUCUCAGCACAACUGCCCCUCCCAAAGUGCCUGUAGCAGCCGUAACUGGACGAUCAACGGUCACACAGCAGCCAUCUUCACCUGCAAGUCGCAUGCUGGAACAUUACACUCGAAACCCACAAAUUUCGGAGACGUCACCUACUGCUACUGCACAGAAAAGAAAGCUAGUUGAAACCAAAGUUGCUGAGAUGGCUGAUUCCAGUACAAAAAAGGCGCGAAUGAUACGUUUUAAUGCAACUGUCAAAAGUCCACAGAUUAAAGAAGGUCCUGCCAUCAAAAACACUGUCUUUUCAAGACUUGGGAAUUCUGACACUGUUAAAACAGCCACAACAAAUGUGCCUGUGAAGCCUAUUUACUCACGGUUGGGAUCUAAACCAGAAAUGGCAGCAGAGGAACAAGUGAUACCGAUAUCGAAAGAUGCCCUUAAAUAUGAAGGUAUUCUCAAGAGCCCUGCCCCGCCAGUAUCCAAGAAAACGGUCACAGUUACCACCUCUUCAAAGAAUAAUAUGAGGAAAAUUGCCAUCGGCCGCACCAUGAGGGCAGACGAAACUCCUGUAAGUGUGAAAGACAAAUUAAACUUACCUAAAUCUAAGUCUGUAAAAUUCUCUAAUCACAUUGAGUACAAAGAAAUUGAAACUGUCAAGAAGACCAAUGUAGCAGUAAAAGGUGGUAAGCAGUUUACAACUUUUUUUAAUAAACCUGAACGGAGGCUAUCUAUGCCUGAAGGAUCCAAUGGAGUCAAAGCUAGGUUAGGCGCAAAGAAUCCUAACAAUUUAACGAUAACUAGAAAUGUUUUCAAUAGAUUAGGUGUAUAACUGUAUUGUGUCGUAAUUUUAAUUUAGUUUUAAGUGUGUUUAAGAGCAGUAGCUAGUUGAUCCUGCAAGGAGGAGUGUUUCAGUUUUUAUUGACAUUUUUAUAUGACAAGACUUGGACCUUUAAAUAUCUUUUAAUUGUUAUUCUAUUACUUUCUUCCUAUUACUUUUAUAGACUGAUCUAUUAAAUUUUUGUAUUAUUCAGUUGACAAAACAAUGUUAUUAUACUUUUCCAUAACAUUUACAUUUAAAACAUUUUAUAAAAGAAAACUAAUAUUAUAAAAAAGAAUUAAUUAAAUUAUAAAAAAAACACUACUCAAAAGAGCUUGUUAUAAAUAGUGCCUAUAACUAAAACAAGUAUUCAAUAAAAUUACCCUGAUAUGUUAAAAUAAUAUGAGAAUCUCUCUGUUUUACAAUUAAUAAAUAACUUGAAGAAGUGAGAUUAAUUUAAAACGCAUUUGUUGCAUGGUUACGUAGCAAACUUGCCAGCUUAUAUUUUUGUAAUAAAAAGUUGUGUAUUUCGUUAUACUUUUCAGUGUGUGCUAUUAAUUUGUGUUGGCUCGUGGAUAUUUCAAAUCCGUAAGCUACAAAUCAUAGAGUAAGAUGUAAAUAUUUAUCAUAAAUUAAUAUUAACUUAGGAACAAAAUACACUAGUUCAAAUGUUUUACAAAACAUUGUAUUUAAUUGAAAUACCUCAGCUAAAUUUACUUCAUAUUGCUCAGGACAUUGUAUAAAUAUUAUUUUUUU